UCAGCUGAUGCCGCGGCGAUAAACAAAAAGUUUUGUCAACAAAAGGUCUGAACAUGGAUUUGGAAGCGCAGUUCUUGAGUUUAUCGACGAAAUUUCUGUUCAUCAACUGCGGCGGUCAAUCCAACGAGUACCGGAACGAGCUGAAUACACUGCUGAACGAAUUAAAUGGAUUGGAUUAUAAAAAUCAACAGAUUUCCGAUGUGAGGGCACCAAUAAGGUUGGUGGAAUCCUUCGUGAAUAUUCCUACUAAUGAGGACACAUUGAUCGUGAAGGCUUGCUGUCUGACGAAGACGCUAAUCAGUCGACAGAAGAUAACUGUUCCACCGAAUGUGGCCACCGUGCAGAUAAGCUGGCUGCUGAAGUGCUUGGACCGGUGCUUCUAUCAGGUAAUCUGCGACGUUCUGGGAACGUUGCAGAUUCUGAUCAAACACUGUGGCGAACAUGUGACCAUGUUUGCAGAAUUCCUUGUUUCCAGUAAUGGUGUUCUGGUAAAUUUACUCGCGGAUCCUGAUUACCGAAAGGUGGAACGCGAGAGGGCUUACGACAGAAGUUCGCCAGGAGAGAUCUACGUGGCAACGAUUAUGUGCGUGGAAGCUUUUCUGGUUUCUUCCGAGGGAAACGCCACUAUGGAGAAGUACCUGUCUGGAAUAGGCGAUUCGAUUGUUUCAUUAACAUUCAGGAUCAAAAGCGAUUGGCUCCCGGAAGUAUCAUUCUAUAGUUUGAUGAUAUCGGCCUUGAACAGUUUGAGAUUGGUUUCGAUCCAGCAGGAGGACUGGCUCCGCGAACAUCUCGGACAAUUGCUAGGAGUUUCGAAAGCUUACAUGAUGUACGGAAUUCCAGGAAUAAACCAACCAACGGUGCAGAAGAUUAUGGUGUCGCAGCAAGGUGUUCCGGAGCCUCAGCACAUUCCCAUCAACAAGGGUGGAAAGGUUCCGAAAACGAGGAAGACCAGAACAAUUGCCAAAGGAAAAGCUGGCAAGGUUGAUGGCAAAAAGGGAGCUGCUGGAAAGUGUGGAUCCACAUGGGAUGAGAACAGUCGGCAACCAUAUUCAGAACAGAGUUUCGUAUUAGACGUUACAACAUUUACAUCGACUAUGCACGCUGCUUACCGCACCAGCGAUUCGGACUUUUCCGAAAGCGAAUCCUCCCGAGCUCAAAUCGAUCGCCAUAAAUUGUCCAAGUUACGACUGACGGCUCUCACUCUCGUGAGCACGGUUGCGCAAACCGUAGAAAAGAAAAUCAUGUUCGGCUAUUGGCACGCCUUAUUCGCGGAUGAGAGCCGAACGCCUGCGACGGUGUCACUUUUGAACUGCGUACUGAAAGAUCCUUCGCCCAAAUGCAGAAUAGCCGCCAUUCAAGCGAUAUCGUUCAUGCUUUACAAAUCGAAACCGUUUCUCAUUCAGGCGGAAAGCAAUAAAAAACCAUCUGUUUCGUUUACUCCGUUUUCAAUAGCUCUCGGGAACAUGAUCACCGAGAUGUACGAAAUGAUUACUCAAGCUCUGGCAGACGAGAGCGAUUAUUCCGUCCUGACGCAGAUAUUGAAAUGCCUUACGGUAUUCAUUCAGGCCACUCCGUUUCAUCGGUUGAAACGAGGUAUCGUCACCAAGUUCGUUCGAUUCGUGCGGAUACUGACCAGGCACAAAGAUCCCACGAUCAAGGUCGGGGCGCUGAUGGUGAUGGGCUUUCUCAUAUCUGUCAACGAAAUAACUCCGGAGAUUGCUGGAAUUGUUGGGAUUCCGAAAACCGAAAUUACCAACAAGAGUAGCGAAACUAGGAAAAAGAACACCACCGAAGCACUGAGUGUUCAGUUUGAUGAUGAGGAGGAGGAGUUGGCUCAAUCGGACGAGGAUGUAGAACCGAAUGUUCCACUCAAAGAGCAAACCGAAGACGAAACAUCUUGUUCGAACACCUCCAAAAUAUCGUGGCUGUUGCAGAUUGCUUUGGAAAAUCUGGGGGUGACCAUCAGCCAGCAUAAGGUGGCUUCGCCAUCGGCUGUAAUGCCCGUCAGAAUGGAAUGCCUCCAGGUUCUGUCAGCAAUGACUUCGCACUACUCGCUCCUAGCCGAUUAUCUUCCAUUGGUGGCUUUAGCUUUGGAAAAUUCCUUCCACGAUGCCAUACCGGAAAUCAAACUGUACUCGGGACGCGUGUUGGAUUUGCUCGGGCAUGCCAUCAAUACGUCGCUGCUGCUAAAAGUAACAAUCGAUCCGGAUGAGUUAAAUGCUUCGGUGGACUUCUGGGUGGCCAUGCUGCCAAUCGUCACCGAGCAAAUUCAGGACAUCCAACAGAGUGCCUCGCUUCGGGGUAUUUGCUGCGACGCGCUCGGCAAUCUUGGAGUGCACGUGUUCGAGAAGCUGCCCCGUGACCGACAGAUCGUACUCGUGUCGCUGCUAACCGGGUGCACGUUCGAUGAGGAUUGUGGCGUUAGCUCGGCAGCGGUUCGAGCCCUUUCGGUGUACAUCCUGUUUCCUUCGCUUAGGGACAAUAUUUGCUACAUCGAAAACACGAUCGAUGCUAUUUUGAGGAUUAUGAAAGAUCCGAAUGUGGCUGCCCGGGUCAAAGCCAGUUGGUCGUUGGGUAACAUCACGGAUGCAUUGGUGCUGAACGGUGGUGAUCCCAAUGCAGAGAAGGUCGGUGACGAAACGAUGAAGGAAAUCUUGGAAGCAGCAAUUGCCGCCGCCGGUGAUAACGACAAGGUUCGCUGCAACUCGGUCCGCACGGUUGGGAAUAUGCUGCGGAUGUUGAAGGUUGAGCAUUUCUCACAACCGGCAUGGAUGCAGUUAUGUCAAAAGUCCUUAGAAAAACUAGUCCAGAAUAUUCUUAGUUCGAACAACGUAAAAGUCAAGUGGAAUGCAUGCUACGCGAUCGGGAAUGUGAUGCGCAACGACUUAAUGUUCAGCGAAGGGAGUAGGAUCGAUUGGCAGAAACAGAUUUUUCCGGCCCUCUGUCAGAUCGUGAUCAAUUCGAACAAUUUUAAGGUGAGAAUCAACGCUUCGGCUGCGUUGUCGGUAAUCGAUACCCGAUCCUAUUACGGCAUUUACUUCGUGCCGGUGUGGAGCUCGCUUCUGAAAGCCUUGGAGCAAUCGGAUAACUUGGUGGACUACAACGAGUAUAAGCAUCGCGAUAACCUGCAGGAACAGUUGUGCCUCUCGCUGUCGCAUUUCCUUCGGCUAGCAUCAAAAGAGGAUCUACCGGCAAUGGCCGCGGAACUACUGCCCCUAUUCGAUGCGGUACAGCAAAAUUGGGACCGGGUAGUGAACAGAAUUCUGCCGGAAAAAUCGGCAAAGUUAAUGGAGGCCCACGUCAAAUUGCAGGCAAGUGCUAAAAGCUCUGAAGUAAAAAAUGCUGUUCAAAUGAUUUUGAAGUGCUUCCGCAACGAAGGCCAUGGGCUGUGCGGAUAUUAAAGCACCGGAAUAGAUUUAUUACGAGGCAUCUGUACUAUUAUUCAGUGUUGUAUAAUUUAUUUGGACUCACAUUAUGUUUCAAAUUAACAAAAUAUCAUUACAGGAGAUUAAUAUAAUAAAUAUGUAUCUACGUCGCUUUUUUA